AUGGCAGAUCAAGCCCAGACCACCAUGCUCCUCACCACGUUCCUCCGCCUCGCUCCAGUCCUGACCUCUGCCGUAGGCGCGACUUACUCGUACGCCUUCUCCGUCUUCUUCGGCGGCUUCCGCCACCCGGAGAUGGCCCCCUCGGCCAAAUGGGCUUCCAUGCCGCACUGGUUUCGCAGCGUGCGCGCCGCGAGCCUGCGCACCAUCUUUGGCGCGUACAACUCGAGCAUCGUGCUAGGUGGGGCCAAUGCGCUUCUGUUUUGGCCCUCCUCCUCUACGAAUGUAGCGGCCGGGCCAAUGUCUUGGUCUCGAGGCCUGUACGUUGCCGGCACGCUCCUCACCGUCGCGUACUACCUGUACACGAUCACGCUGCGCCUCGUUCCGCUCAACUUCACGCUGAGUGACGACAAGGCGGCUGUCGCGGACCGCGCGGCCGCCGAGGAGAAACUGGCGCGGCUGGACGGGCGGAGGACCGCGCUCACGGGGGUGCCGGCGGCGGUUUGUUUCUUCGUGGCCGCGGGGCUGUGGGCUGGCGGGUUGUGA